CAGACUUGCUCGAGUGAUCUGUGGUCUCAUAGCUCGCUUGCGAUUUACAAGCUCGGGAUUCAGCUGUAAACGCUAGUUCAGUCACAAGUUUAAUUCUGUGGUUUUUGAUGGCGUUUGAUGAAGCUCGUUGCUGUUUGAUAUCUACUUUUUAAAUUGAAACAGUUAAGAUAAUUGUGGCCUUUUUUCAUCGUCUUUUCUUGAAAUGUAAACAACUCUGAAAAUAACUGAAAGGCAUUUUUAUUUUGGGCUUGAGAUAAAAAGAGCAGAGCGGGGUGGCAUGAAACUCAACACCUUAAUCGAGUUAUUUAAAAAGGAAUCGGCAGAUAUUUCAGGAGCGAAAGCGUGUAUCUGGCUCGACAGCGCAUACCUCCUAUUUGGUGUUUUGUAAGUUAUUAAAAAAAAGUUUCCUGUUGGUACACCAUGGCCAAUACGCCGGACGAAAGGAAAAAGGCAGAAGAUCCUCCUGAAGACAGCCAGUGCGACUCGGGUUUUGGAAUCGACUCCUUCCGAUCCAUAAACCAAGAGGAUCAUCAAAACAUCAAAAGGACAUCGCAGGAAUCGAGCAGUGACAACAAGAAAGACAGGGAUAAGUUGGACAAUGUAACUGAGGACAGGCUGGACUCUUCCUACGGCUCGUCCUCUCUCACAGUUGAGAGUCUCAAGGACAUGUUUCAGGAUUGCAAUAUUUCUGAGCAAGAAGAAACAGAAAACACAGAGGCUACAGAGUACAACGAACAGGAAAUAACAUUUUUAACUACCAUCAGCGAAGACGGAGACACGAUCUUACAUCUUGCGAUAAUCCAUGAAGAGAGGGAAUUUGCAGAACAGUUGAUAUCCUUGUUUCCCAAAGAUGUGCUGGACAUACAGAAUGAUCUUUACCAGACGCCAUUACAUCUGGCCACGUACCUGAACCUGACCUCGGUGGUGCAGGCACUGGUGCACAAGCAGGCCAGCCUGGAGCUGCAGGACCAGGACGGCAACACGCCGCUCCACGUGGCUUGUGAGCAGGGGCGGGUGGACUGCAUCAACGAGAUGACCCGAGGCCUUUCUGUCAGGCAGCUGGGCUGCGUUCUGGAGAUCCAGAACUGGAGAGGCCUGACAUGCCUCCACUUAGCCACUCUGCGGAGAAAUCAUCGGCUCGUGAAACUUCUGCUGAAGAAGUGCGCAAACAUCAAUACUCAGGAGGGAACGAGCGGAAAGACUCCUCUGCAUCUGGCCGUGGAGUUGCAUGACCCGUCUUUGGUGACGCUGCUGUUGAAUCAGGGAGCCAAUGUGGAUGCAGCAAUGUACAAUGGCUGCACCUCUUUGCAUCUGGCAGUUGGAAGACAGGACGCCACAAUCGCUAACUUGCUGUGCCAGUCUGGAGCUGAUAAGAUGUUACGGAACAUGGAAGACGAGACCGCCCUGGACCUCGCUGAUGGAAACGAUGAUAUCCUUGCACUCUUUCCAUUUGAUGACAUUCAGAUCUCUGGCCGGUCUGUUGUUGGAAUGAAAUUCUGAAGACUUGUGACAUGGCAACCCUGAGGACUUGACAUGCGUAUUUAUAACCAGACAUUUCCAAAGACUUUGGUUUGAAUUUUGGACUGCCCACCUGAGCAGCAUUUUUCUUCUGAAAUCAGUACAAUACAUAUAUUGCCAGGAACUGAAUCCUAAGGAUGUUGUCUCCUCUGGGCUGCUAUUUGUGUUAUACAUUUUGUUUUAGGGGAAUUCUGUUUUUUUUAAUUGUAUUAAUGUAUGUUCUUUUAUAAAAAAUCACUUCCUAGAGAUCCCUUUCACUUAUGUAGAAGUGUAGGAGGAGGGAAUUAAAUCUUGCCUAAAUGUUUAACUGAAACCUUCUGUAACUGUUGGAAGAAGAGUGGUAUCAAAUAGGUAUUUAUAUAGGCACCUAUUUGGAGUUGGUGGAAGUUAAAUUAUUAAACUUGCCAUCUUUUGACUGAUGA